CGCCUGCAAUAACGCACAUCUGUACGUCAUGGUAGUAUACAUUCCACCGCAGCUUAGCUCCGAGAUAUCGACUCUUCGCUCUCUACAUGAUUGUAACAGCAGCUUCACUCUCACACUGAAGCCUUCGGAUCUGCUGUUUGUUAUUGGCGAUUUCAAUCAGCCUAGCAUAAGCUGGUCCAUAGCUGAUCCUUCGUCCUCGCCAACAUACUCAUCAAUCACGCACUAUGAACCAACUGCGCGCUCACUGGCCAACAACACCUUUGUGGAUGGAUUUAAAUUUAACGGAUUAAUGCAACUUAAUCACAUCAAUAAUUCGCACGGACGCAUGCUUGACCUGCUCUACGCUAACAAUGCUGCAGCUAAAUUGUGUUCGCCUGUCUUUCCAAGUGUUGUUCCGCUUGUACCCCUUGACUCCUACCAUCCGGCGUUUGACUUCAAUAUACGUAUUAACUCGUCGACUCGACGCAAUUCGACGACUCGACAAAACUCGACGACAACCGCAUUUUAUCGUUAUAACUUUGCUAAAGCUGACUAUGUGAAACUGAACGACAUGAUAUCAAUGUUUAACAAUAGCUUUCAUUGUUCCAAUUUUAUUUCACUUGACGAAGCAGUAUGUUCAUUCUCGUCCUUCAUGCUGCAAGCCUUUGUUGUAUGCGUCACAGUUCAGCGUCCUAAACCUAACCCCCCCUGGGCGGACCGCACACUCAAACGACUCAAACGUGUAAAAAGAGCUGCUUAUCGUCACUACCAAACGCGCCGCUGCCAAAGAUCUCGCUCGAUCUACUUUGACACGCACUCUUUAUACUGCAGCUAUAACAGGCGAUAUGGCAGAUAUUUGAGUAAAAUUCAACGUAACCUCUGCAGGUGGCCUGACUCGUUUUGGCGCUUCUACAACAGCAAAACAAAAUCCACGCAUACACCGAAAUCCAUUACGUACAAAGGAGCAACAAGUGCCAACACUAAUGAAAUGUGCAUUCUCUUCGCGGAUCGCUUUGCAGAUUGCUUUUCACCGGCCAUGAAUGAUACCGAUCAUUGAUGCUGCUCUCGUCAACACUCCGGCUGGCGCAAUUAACAUGAGCACUCCUUUCAUCGACAGUGAGAUCGUUUUAUCUGCCCUAGCGCAACUAAAGCCUUCCUUCGCUCCUGGACCCGACGGAAUUCCUUCUACCGUGCUGAAACGCUGUCAAACGACAGUAGCACCUAUCCUUGCAAAAUUGUUUAAUGCAUCGCUAGCCAAUGGCUACUAUCCCAAAACAUGGAGGAAAUCUUGGAUGGUUCCUAUUUACAAAAAGGGCGACAGGACAGAUGCCAUCAACUACCGGGGUAUUACAUCUUUGUGUGCCAUUGCCAAGGUGUUCGAACUAGUGAUAUACAAAAAUCUGCUCCAUGCAUGCCGCAGCUACAUGUUGAUACGGGCUUAGGUAUCAACAUGGAUUCGUGCCAAAAAAGUCGACUACCACGAACCUGGUUGAAUUUGUAACCUAUUGCACUAGUCAAAUUGAUGCCGGAGCUCAAGUCGAUGCAAUUUAUACAGAUCUGACAGCAGCAUUCGACUCUCUUCCGCACGCAAUUCUUCUCGCUAAACUCGAUAAGCUAGGACUUCCCAGCUCGCUCGUACAGUGGCUUAAGUCUUACCUAAUUAAUCGCACAUACAUCGUGAAAAUUGAUAAGCACAUGUCCAAAGAAAUAGUCAGCAGCUCGGGUGUGCCACAAGGAAGCAAUAUUGGCCCGCUUCUCUUCAUAUUGUUCAUCAACGAUGUUACCCUCGCUCUACCUCCCGACAGUAUCAGUCUGUUUGCCGACGAUGCAAAAAUUUUUGCGCCUAUUCACAACACAGGUGAUUGUACAUUGCUGCAAGACUGCAUCGAAAUUUUCUGUUCGUGGUGCAAGCGUAAUGGACUGACUAUCUGCAUCGAGAAAUGCUACUGUGUGUCUUUUAGUCGAUGCAGGAGCCCAGUCACUGGUACCUACUUCAUAGACGGCACUGCAAUUAAUCGACAAAAUCAUGCCAAAGACCUGGGCGUUCUGCUUGACUCUAGUUUGAACUUUAAACAGCAUAUUGAUGACGUUGUAGCUAGAGGAAAUUAAUUACUUGGCGUGGUUAUCCGGACAACUAAUGAAUUCCGCAACCAACCAUGUGCAUCAAAGCUAUCUACAACUGUAUCGUUCGUUCGGUUCUGGAAUAUUCGUGCGUAGUCUGGAGCCCAACUACUGCUUCUUCAAUUGCUCGACUUGAGGCGAUUCAACGUAAACUCACGCGAUACGCCCUACACCUACUUCCCUGGCAGGAUCGCAAUAAUCUUCCUCCGUAUGCUGCGCGGUGCCGUCUUCUAGGCCUUGAACCUCUUUCGGUUAGAAGACGCAAUGCACAGUGUUCUUUCAUCGCUGGAUUGCUAAAUGGCUCUAUCGACUCAUCGCCUUUGUUGCAUCGAGUCGAUAUCUAUGCACCAUCCCGAACACUUAGGUCUAGAGAAAUUCUACGGUUCGCUCAACCCCGUUCCAGCGCUGGUCGGUCUGACCCUAUGUUCCGCAUGUCGGCUGUCUUCAAUACUGUCUCGGAUUGCUUCGACUUCGACAUCUCAACUUUAACUUAACCCGUUGAAGAUUAAUAAAUAAAUAAUAAUAAUAAUAAUAUCGCUGGGUCCUUGGUUGAUAGGCAUCAUGUUAAAUAAUUAUGAAUUCCAUAAAAGUAAUUGUAAAAAAAUAAAAUAACACACAUUCUUUCUUGUGGCAGUAUCAACAACGGAU